UCCGGCAGAGCAGCAACCAGUCAGUCAGUCCAUAAAGGGAAACCACUGGCGCGACUUCACAGACGGUGACAUCGGACGGGACUUUUGGGGGAAAACGAGCCGGUAAUGUGGUGGGGGCAGCCGGAGGACAGCACUAACUGAGCCUGAGGACCAUACGGGGAAAAGAGCAAGCUAAGGGAGCUGUCUUUUUUCCUUUUUAACUUACCGGGUCCGCCGGCUCGGCUCGCACUCUGGCUGGCAGACUCGUUAGCUAACACCGCUAGCUCCUCGGCUAACCCCAGUUCACUCGUCGCAUCAUUUCUUACCGCGAGAAACUGAACCUUUCGCGGCUGUCAGUGAAACUGUAUCCUCGGACAAACUUCAAGCAAUGUGCCGUUCAGUUGUGAGUGACUUUUCACCACCAACCGGGGCUUCAACACACACUUUUCUGCGCGAGCAGUGAUAGCUUAAACAACCCAAGCUAACAAGUUGACGUGGAGGAAGAACUCAAGUUUUUUUCCGUUGGAUUCUUCUGUUUGCUGUCGGUGUUACUUCAAGUUUUGAUUUCAAAAGGAUUACUCAUUUUUCCAAACCGGAGGCGGACUUGUAUUCUUCAAAUAGAUAAUUUUGGUAACAAACCAGCCCGUUAGCUAUGUUAAUUUCUGGCCAGAAAGUCAUUUUAAGUGUGUGUAAAUCUCACAGUGGGACUCUUUCCUGGUUCGAGUACUGCAACGGAAACAUUAGCUAACACAGACUAGCUUAGAUUAGUGUCGUCGUGGUUCGUUUACUCGAAAGUUAGAUGGAAUAGACUGCUACCAAACAAUUUAACAGCAAAGAAAGGGUGCAACUCGGCUAAAGACUGCUAAAAAGCAGCGUAUUUGGUCCAGACACAGAUCUAACGUUACUGCAGACUUGCACAGGUUUUCUACGCACCUGGACUAGAACUUGGGUGGGUGUGUGAACCAAACCCCUUUUUUCAAACCUCUGCUUGACAAGUGAGGCCUCGGUGAGUUGUUUCCCACGGGAGUUUAAACCGGACCGGAUCGUUUUCGUGUUGAUUUUGGUUGAGUUUGAAAGAGAAGAGAUGUCGGGCCAGUCCAUCACGGAUCGGAUCGCAGCCGCGCAGCACAGCAUGACGGGCUCAGCCAUCAACAAGGCUGUGUGCAAAGCUACCACACACGAAGUCAGCGGACCGAAGAAGAAACACCUUGACUAUCUGAUCCACUGCACCAAUGAGAUGAACGUGAACAUUCCCCAGCUGGCAGACACGCUGUUUGAGCGUACAACCAACUCCAGCUGGGUGGUGGUCUUCAAAGCCCUUAUUACCACCCACCACCUCAUGAUGUACGGCAACGAGCGUUUCAUCCAGUACCUGGCCUCCAGAAAUACUCUGUUCAACCUAAACAACUUCUUGGAUAAGGGAGCCCUGCAAGGUUACGACAUGUCAACCUUCAUCAGGCGAUACAGUCGCUACCUGAAUGAAAAGGCCAUGUCCUAUAGACUGGUGGCUGUGGAUUUCACCAAGAUGAAGAGGGGUAUUGACGGUGUGAUGCGCACGAUGAACACAGAAAAGCUGAUCAAGACUCUGCCCAUCAUCCAGAACCAGUUGGACGCUCUGCUGGAUUUCCAGGCCAACCCUAACGAGCUGACCAAUGGCGUGAUCAACUCGGCCUUCAUGCUCCUCUUUAAAGACUCCAUCAGGCUCUUUGCUGCUUACAAUGAAGGAGUCAUCAACCUGUUGGAGAAAUACUUUGACAUGAAGAAAAAUCAGUGUAAAGAUGCUCUCGACAUCUACAAGAAAUUUCUUUACAGGAUGACGAAGCUGUCGGAGUUCCUCAAAGUGGCGGAGCAAGUUGGAAUAGAUCAGGGUGACAUCCCAGAUCUCUCACAGGCCCCCAGCAGCCUCCUGGAGGCUUUGGAGCAGCACUUGGCCUCUCUGGAGGGCAAGAAGACAAAGGAGCUGAAUGCAGACACCAGAGCAUCCACCUUGUCGAGCGCUGUCUCUUCUCUCUCCACCACCGGCAUGUCCUUCAGCCGCAUGGAUGAGAAGGAGAAGCAGCAGGCCUUAGAGGAGGAACAGGCCACACUGCAGGCUCUGAAGGACCAGCGCCUGAAGGAGAUCAGCCUGCAGACUCCACCCUCUGCCUCCCCCAGCAGCCAGUCGAUAGGCAGUGCCAACAACAACCACAUCACACAAACCCCCGAGUUGUUCAGCUCCACGCUGACCGCCCACAGUAUGCCCAAUCUGAACAGUGACCUGUUUGAUCUUCAGCCGGCCUUCGUCCCCGCUGUGCAGAGCACUCCCGUGUCCACCAACAGUGCCUGGGGAGGACUGGAGAGCCAGCCGCUGCAGCAGACCACCCCAGCCAUGACUGUAGAUUUCGAUGCUGUGUUUGGGAAUAAGGCCACACCCAGUAACAACGGCCCACAACCUCCAGCUGGUUUCGAUGCUCUGGGAGACCUGUUAAAGCCCACAGUUCCCACACACACCGCACCACCGCCUCCUCCUCCUCAAGUGGCCAUCCAUCCUGCAGGAAAGCUGCUAGCCAGCGACCUCGACUCCUCUCUGGCCAACCUCGUGGGCAAUCUGCAGUUUGGUGGAAGCUCAGCCAAAAAGCCGGACAUGCAGUGGAGCCAGCCUGGAGAGAAGAAGCUGACCGGUGGCCAAAACUGGCAAAAGACCAUGUCCACCACACAGUGGAGCCAGCACCCAUGGCCCCCACAGCCCAUGCAUGUACCACAUGUGCCUCCAGCUCCAAUGGCUUUUCCUUUGACCACACCACAAGUGCCUGUGUACGGAAUGGUCCCUCCCCAGAUGGGUCAGAUGGGUGGAGUACCUGUGAUGGCUCCACAGCCAGUGAUGUACAACCAGCCUGUUCUCAGACCCACUAACCCCUUCGCACCCAUGUCAGGAGCCCAGAUGCAAUUCAUGUAACCCCGUCGGAGGAGAAGCAGAGUGCCAAAAGCAACGAGCAGCAGAAACGAGGACGAUCAGAUGGACGGAGGAUCGAUUUCAGUGAAGCCACUCGAGAGACGACAAGAAAACUGAUUGACUCCAAAACUGAGGAAAGAAGAAGAGAACGCGGGAUGAAGUAAAGGAGGAACGAGGGGAGAUCCUGUCUGAUCAUUGUCCGAAACAACUCCUUGUGUGUGUGUGUGUGUAGCUUCUUUCUGUUUAUUGUCUAAUUUGUGGUUUAAAUCAUAGGGACGGAGUUUGUUUUAUGAGAGGGAAUAAGGACAAGAGGGCAAGUCGGAGGAAACCCUGGUUUUCAGUCAGGCUGCAGAGUCUCUGCUGCAAUAUGAGCUUUAUUUCAUACUGGUGCUAUUUGUCCUCUUUGGGUUGCUGUCUGCCUGCACCAGCAACUUGGAGCACUUAAAAAGAGGACGAGGGUGUGUGUGUGUGUGUGUGCGUGCGUGUGCAGCAGUUGUUUCAGACAAUACCUUCACGGCCAGCCUCCUCUUCAUCCCCCACCUCCGUCAGCUGUUUGUAUUCACGUUUUGCGAGAGAUUCAGAGGCUCAUUUUCUCCACUGUUACCUGCAGUUUUCCACUCUGUUGGAUAACUUUGUACUUUUCAGUCUGUUUUCUUGGCCCAGCCUUUCCUGAACGUUGCCGGGGCUUCUGCAGCCUUCUGAAGCGUCUGUCAGUGGUAGUCGAGCAUUUUGUCGUCAUGAGUUUGAAGCUAAAGUCUUUCUGCUCGUACUGCGUUCCCUUUCAGAUACACAUCAGGAGACCAGGAUUAGUGAAGGCAGCAGAUGAGUGUAGACGAGACGAGACCUGUCUGAGGACUCGGUCACAGCAGGGAAAAAUAAUCUGAUUGGCUGUGAAGUAUUUGGUUCUUAUGUUGUGAACAGCUGUAGCUUGUGAGCUAACAGCCAACAUGCUGCCUGAUCAGCAACAUGCUAAUAGUCACAGUGACAACUAUUUCCAUUCCCCGGGACAGAUUCAGCCCCUUUACUUUCUAUUUUCUCCUCUUCUGGGUUCUUUCUUCUGGCACUUUUUUUUGUUGGAAAUGUACAGCAUUUUAGUUCUAUAAAUGGUGAUUUACCCAUUAAGACUGGAUGCAACAGUGUGUACGUGUCUUUAAGACGGGAUGCUGCGCUUGCACGCUUCUCCCUUCAGAGCCGGAGAGACGGGAUCGUUGUCUGGAAAGGAAAACGCUUCAGUGCCCUCAUUCACAGGCUAAUCAUGAAUAAAGUUUCAUCAGUCAAACUUUUCUACAUAUUUGAUGACCUCAUGUUGUAUCCUGGAUGAAGUGGAGACGCUAGUGUUGCACCCAGUCUUAACGGACACACACACGUGCUGCAUCCUGCGCUUGGAUGUCUGUUAGCAGUUCAUUAGCUUGGUUGCUAACUUGACAGAAUGUUGAUGCACUUCACUGAAAAGCUGUUUUGUCUGCAGACAUUCCCCCGUUUGUUCAGCAGAUUCUGCUCCAUCUGAGGAAAUCAAAUAAAGAUAAAUGAUGCAACACGGCUAAUAAGCUUUCUAUAUUUGGAUUCUGUGCAUCACCCCUCCCAAACGUUGGUGCUGUUAUAACAGCAGCUCCUGGUAAACACAUGUAUUAACCAUUUCAUUUGCCUUGAAACUGUUAUUUGAUUUGGUGAGAAUUUGACAUUUUAAAUGUUGUGACGAGGCCUUAAACUAGGCUUUCUAGCUGUGGAAAUGAAAGAAACAUAUAUUUUUGUCUUGCUAAGAGUGUGUUUAUUAGAAUUAUUAAUCCUUUUUCUUUGCCUGGUAGCAACAUUAGCAGCUGUUUUUCUAGUCUUCAUCAACUCUACCUGAUUGAGACUAAAGUGUUUUUUCCACAUCCACAUUGUUCCAGUGAUGGAGGACAAGCAGCACUGAGCGAGUUUAAUGUUACUGAGAGGAGCUGAUUCACUUUAAAUUGCACUGAAUCGCUCUGAAUGACUCUGAACUCUGACUCCAGCAUAAGUUGGGGUUUAUUUGUACUCGCGGCUCAAGCCAGACCAUCCGUCCCACGUUGUACAUAACGCGCUCUCUGGUGCGCCUACAUUUUUUCCAUUGAGGGCUAUUUCUGAGGGUCAGAUUUGACAUGAAAAUGUCUUUGAUUUGUUUUUCUAAAAAAAAACAAAAAAAAAGAAAAGAAAAAAAAAUAUUGUUGCAAACAUGCACAUGCAAAAAACGUUGCACUGAACUAUUCUGCAGGCGUAGAUGUCGCCCGACCCGAUGGGGCGGAAAGUUCGGCUUUUCAGGACUGUCCCAUCCGACUGAUCCACUAGCGAGUUACUGGAAGUUGUUUCCUGCCACUCUGACGCUGAGCUUUUGCCUAAUGCCGUCCCCCGGUCCAGCCAUCUCCUCCCACCCGUCGGUGAUGAUCCAGCAUGGAUCCUAUCGUCCACUCUGCUGUGAAGUCUCUAGAAGUUCGCUUCAGUCUCUGGUCUUAUUGUCCUGUUUUAAAACUCGCUCUGCCCUGCUUUCUCACUACUUACUGUGUAGAUGUAUAUAUCAAGUUUAAAAAUCGAUAUAAAUACAAGUUUCUGUCUAGAUUGUUCCACCUGUCGCUGUCGGUAGAUUCCGCUCUUAAAGCGUCUUGAUAGUCGUGUGUUAGCUUAGCCUCUCCUCGUAUGAGGAAGACCCUUCGCAGUAGUAGAACUCCAUCAGUGUCGCCGUCCUUUAGCUGUAGAUAAAACCUUCUGAGAGGCUCUGUAGGGUUCUCUCAGGCUCUGAGCAAGCGCUUUCCUCUCGCCGUAAAUGUUGCUCCGGUGUCGGUUAAUCAGGUUGUCCUUGAAGUUUUUUUUUACCCAGUCCUGACAGCAUCCAUCUAUCCACCUACUUCUGCCUCGUUACGUCAGCAGCCUGCAAACUGUCUGACUGGACCUCACCAGCAAGGCACAUGUAGAUGUAUCAAUGUUUUCUGAUGAAUUAGGGGGGAAAUAAUGUCAGAGUGCUAAGCUUUAGCAUCAGUGCUAGUGUGUUAGUCCAUGUCAGUGUAACCAUAAAAAGUCCCACCUUAAAAGCUUGAUUCUGCUCCUUUUUUCAGUUUAGGAUGAAGCUGAUGAUGAAGAAAUCUCCUGUUUUUAUCUUCUUGUUGAGGUUGAAUCACAUUCACAGUUUUGCCUUAUUGACUCUUUAAGGAUUCAAUUAUCUACCUUUUUUGGAUUAAUUAUAAAACUAAAUUCAGCUUUUAAUCCGAUAAAUAACCUCAUGAAAUUUAACUUGAUGAUUUCCACUAAAAUAAAAUCGUCCUAUAUUAAAAGUUCUGACAUUAAAUUAGGAAAAUGUUAAAUUUGAUCCAACCAUCUUUAAAAAAAGAAGCUUGUGACUGGUGAAUAAUCCAUCGUGGCGCUAGCAUUUAGGAUUUCUCUUUCAUUUGGACUCAUCAUACAACAGGAGGAAAAACAAACUGGAUUUGAAGUGGGAAUUCCCAGAUUAGAAGAUUCCCGCAGCAGCCGGAGAAUUUGACGGGAUUGUAGGGGAUGAAUCCUGACUGCUGAAGUUUAGUUGACUUCCCCACCCUGAUGCAUUAUCAGGCUUCUGUGUACAGGAAAAAGAUGUCACCAGUAACCAGCGGUAACACACACACACACACCUCAACGCCUCAAACUCCCCCUGAAGGCUUUAACUAAAGUGUCCUCUCGGCUAGCGCUAGCGGUUGCUAAACGUUUGACGUGGCCGUGGCGUGAGAAGCCUGUUUGUGUCCAGUCAGACAACAGAAACCUGAUUUUGUGUUUUUUGAUCCUCGCUCCCCUUUUUCAUGUUCCCUUCAUCCCCAAAUUAGGAGCUGCUCUGUCUUCAAAAACCUCCUCCUCUCCAGGGCACUUCUGAGCCCUGACUUGGACACUCAUGAAACCAUUUUCUUAAUGGCUGCUUCCGCCUCGGCUCCAGAUGAGAUCUAAUCAAGGUUCUCCUCUUUCUUGAGAGGACAGCUGUCUUUCUGUCUCUAAUCUUGUUGUAAAUUAGCACUUGAGCCUCAUUGUGGCUCUGAUCCUGAAUCAGGUCAUCACCACCCUGGGUCUUAAAUCCCUUCGGGUCUGGUGCAGAUUCCUGAUGUUUGUAAAAAGCAGAGUGGCUCGUUGAGGUGUGAUGAGCUGCAGAUGCAGUCGUUCUCUUUUCUUUCCGGCUACAGUGACGUGUUUUUGUUGAGUGUGAAGCUCUUUGUAAAACUUUCUUUUCUCUGCAUGAAGUCCAGCUCUGAGGGUUUCUUCGUCUCCGGGUCUCAAAGGGAGCUGUGGAGGAAAAGACUGCUGCAAAAGCUUUUCUGGCUCGUGUCCUCGCCUCCUAAACAUUGAUGUAAUUGCUGCUUAUUAAAGCUUUAUCACGACUAAGCGUUUGUGUUUUUCAGGGAGAGGUUUGGCUGAGUAAUCUCCACCUCCGUCCCUCAAGCUCAGACACUGUUUCCAGCAUCCACCUGGGAUCAGUCACGUUCGUUUCUCUGGACUCCUAAAGCUGCUACCGCCUCUCUGCAUCGUUGUAGCAUGAGUCUGGAGGAGGUGGGAAAGAUAAACCUUGAUGUCACGUUUAAAUGUCUGUUUUCUGAUCAUGUCAGAGCAGAUUUCUCUGCGGAGUCGUGUCUGUCUGUCCGCGGAGGGUCAGCGAAUGCAUGGUGGUUUAGUUCAAAAAGCAUGAAAUGAGUGUGAUGCUGGUGUCUCGGUCCGUCUGGGUGCUGCAGCUUCAUCUCCCGUUUGGGGUGAAACUGACGGAAAGCGUUUGUGUUGCCGAUAAAUGAGCCACUGCAGCACUAAAAAGGAAAGCACCAAACCCUUUUUUGUUUUUCUCUUCCCAAAGAUUUCGUACCUGCAGCGAUGUAGUUAGGAGGUUCGCUCGGCGUCCUGCAGCCGCGCGUCUCGGUCAAAACCCACAAUCUGAUCUACAAAGAGGUUGUGGUAAAUUUUCUUGUUUAGUCAGUGAGUUGGUUGAAUCUUGUGCACGUUUUACAGUUUUUUUUUCUACAUCGGUGUAUUUUGGUAAGAACCCUCGGAUUGCUGCCUCACUCUUCUGUAUAUAAAGAAAUACACAACAAAGCUUAAAGACAUACCUGUAUAAUCUGCAACAUUAUUUUCAUUCAUUUUUUCUGAUUUUGGAAGAUAUUAGCAUCAUUACAGCCGUAUAUGGGGUAUGAUUUACUAGCCAUGGGGGCGGGCUACAGACAGAUGCUGCUGUGGACCUCGCCGUACAUCAGGAUCAGCCGUGAAUUCUCAGUGAUGCCAAACGCGUUUAGAGCAGCGAACACCUGUUAAUCUGUCUCCUCCCCCAUCUCUUUGUACAUGUUUCUAUUUAUUUAAAGCAGAAAUAUAUGGAUUGUAUCAAGCAUGGAAAGGCAAAAACAAAUGUUCGUUGACAAAGAUUACAGCCCAUUAUUUGGCAGCAGUAUAUUUGUUUAUUCCAGGGAUUUGUUUUCACUUUUUCUUUUUUUGGAAAGAAAUAAAAAGUCAUUUUCAUUCCUAA